UCCCACUGGACGCCGGGCUUGAGCCGCAGAGGCCGGCUAGUGGCCCGGGGCUGCGCGGCGGAGGGAGGGCGCGGGCCGAGGGAAGCGGUCGUGGGGGCGCGCGUGCAUGGCGGCGGCGCCGGCGGACGCCUGAGAGCAGCGGCACUAGCGGAGCGGGCCUCCUCGGGUAUCCUUCCACCUGCCUCGUGCCAGCGGCACCGGCGCGGCCAUGGCGACGGGCGCUCAGCAGGAAAACACGCUGCUUCACCUCUUCGCCGGCGGGUGCGGGGGCACGGUCGGUGCUAUUUUCACGUGUCCCCUGGAAGUCAUUAAGACGAGGCUGCAGUCCUCGAGAUUAGCUCUUCGCACCGUCUAUUACCCUCAGGUCCAUCUGGGGACCAUCAGUGGAGCUGGAGUGGUGAGGCCGACGUCUGUGACACCUGGACUCUUACAGGUUCUGAAGUCAAUCUUGGAGAAGGAGGGACCAAGGUCACUGUUCAGAGGCUUGGGUCCAAAUUUGGUUGGAGUCGCACCGUCAAGGGCCGUGUACUUCGCCUGUUACUCCAAAGCCAAAGAGCAGUUCAACGGCGUUUUUGUGCCUAACAGCAACACCGUGCACAUUUUCUCCGCCGCCUCUGCAGCUUUUGUCACAAAUUCCUUAAUGAAUCCUAUAUGGAUGGUUAAAACCCGGAUGCAGCUAGAGCGGAAGGUGCGCGGCUCCAAGCAGAUGAACACGCUCCAGUGUGCGCGUCACGUGUACCAGACGGAAGGCAUUCGAGGCUUCUAUCGGGGAUUGACUGCCUCGUACGCGGGCAUCUCAGAAACUGUCAUCUGUUUUGCGAUUUAUGAAAGUUUGAAGAAGUGUCUGAAAGAUGCCCCGUUAGCCCCCUCUCCAAAGGGGGCUGAGAAGAAUUCCACAAACUUUUUUGGACUCAUGGCAGCUGCUGCUGUCGCUAAGGGGUGUGCCUCCUGUGUUGCCUAUCCACAUGAAGUCAUAAGGACGCGGCUCCGGGAGGAAGGCACCAAGUACAAGUCCUUCGUGCAGACCGCGCGGCUGGUCUUCCGGGAAGAGGGCUACCUCGCCUUCUACAGGGGACUCUUCGCGCAGCUCAUCCGGCAGAUCCCGAACACCGCCAUCGUGCUGUCCACCUAUGAGCUCAUUGUGUACCUGCUGGACGACCGUCCUCAGUGACAGGCCAGAGAGUUGUGCUGUAGGAGAAUAAAACUGAGAAACUCGAUAGAGAAAUUUUUUUUUCCGUUGAUGUUUAGAAUGUUCGAGACCGAAACAGGAAAGGCCACGAAAAAUGUGGCUCAUGUCACCUGCUGGACAUUUCCUUUUGGAUUCAUGUUUCUGGAAGGUUUAAAUUCAUUAACGUUAAUAGUUAAUUAUAACUUUUUUUUUAACUUAAGAGGAUUCAGGAUUCAGCAGCAACUAAAUUAAAUCAUGCUAUUUAAUUUAAGUAUAAAUUUGGCUUGUGUUCUCCUUCAUGUUCACUGUACUGGAAACUGUGGGACUUCAGUGGAAUGUAACCCUAAAAGGCAGACGGAACCUCCGAAGUGAAGGUACAGCUGUUCUGUGACCUGUCCGGUAUUGCACGGGACAGUAGGGGGCGUCACGUUUUGGUGGCACGGGGCAGAUGGGACAGACUGCCUUGCUAUUCUCCUUUGUACAUUCCCAAGUCUCAUGCAGAUUAACAAUCCAAGCUUUCAGGCUGCUGAGUUUUCUUUUGAAAAAAUCUAUGACUUUCUGACAUUAAAUAUUUUGAACGGCAUGCACUUUCCUGGAGUUCUCCUCUAUCCCCAGUUUGAACCAAGGGUAAGAGUCUUCCAGAACCGUUUACCAGUGGCCUCGUCCGUGCGUAUUAUGUUCAGGAGGUAAGCCUAGUCAGGCCCAGGUCCUGUGUAGGGAUGUCAGAGUGCGGCCGCCCGAGCGGCCGGCCGCGAACAUGGGAUAUUGGGGGUGAUGCAGCCCCUCUGACGGUGCGGGCCCUGUUCUCGGGUACCUGCUGCUGGGGGAGAGGAGCAUGACCCAGGCUAACUGGAAGUGGUAGUGAUGUUUAAAUACCCUAGUUUAAGAAAAAUGUUUUAAUCCUAGAAAUGAGAAAUUACCAGAAUUGCAAACCUACCCUGCCGUUUUAAAAGGAAAUUUAAUAUGGGACAAAAGCUAAGACAAGGCAGGUAAGGUGGACUGUCCUCCUUCAGCUCUCUCCCUGGACUUCACACAUCCUGCCCGUGGGGUUCUCUUUCAGUCUGAGUGUCUGGGAAGGUACGACUCACAGCCACACGCGGAGUUUCCACAGGUGGAGUUUCCACAGGCGCAGGACCCUGGUGGGGAUGAGAGGAGGGUAUUUUCUAAUCACACCUAAAUUGAGUUUAAUUUCGUUUGCCUUUCAUCACAAAGGAGGUUGUCGGGUGGUGGUGAGCUCUCUGGUAGAAUUUGCUUCAACCAUCAACAGCUAUGUAGAAGUCAACGUAAAUGUGUUCAUUCAUGCUUCAGUGCUUCCAAAACACGUAACUGUAAAGAGACUUCUGUUUAAGAACCUCAUUUUUUAAAAAAGAUUUUAUUUAUAUUUACUUAUUUUUAGACAGAGGGGAAGGGAGAGAGAAAUAUCAAUUUGUGGUUGCUACUUAUGCACCCCCUACUGGGGACCUGGCUUGGGACCCAGGCAUGUGCCCUGACUGGGAAUCGAACCAGCGACCCUUUGCUUUGCAGGCUGACACUCAAUCUACCAAGCCACACCAGCCAAGUCCAGAACCUCAUUUUAGCAACUGUUUGAUGUGGCACUUAGCAACAUCUUCCUGUUUUAAUAUUCAUAUUA